AAGGCAAUGGUAAAUGAAUGGCAACACUGUUCCUAAGUUUGAGGUUAAAUUCGUUUUUAAUUUUAAUCAUGUUUAUGGAGGGCUUUAAGAUUCCAUAAUCAUGUUUAAGUUCAAAUAUUUCGAAAAUAAUCAGGUUCAGAAAGAAAUUAGUGAAAAAGUUACGGAUUUUAACAAUUUCUACAAGUAUCGAGACUCUUUAAGGUCAUUUCAAAAAAAUACAAAUACUUUUUUGACUCACUUAGUUGAAAAGCAGGGAAUUCUGGAGGCUCCGCUAAAAGAUGAAGAUUUAUCAGAUUCAGAGUCCGAAGAUGAGAAGUGUUUAAAAAGAAAUUUAAGCAACGACUCAAUAGCUCAUAAAAAAAAGUGUUGACGCUUAACGACAUAGACAUUUUAUAACAUUUAAAACUAUUUAUUCUGUUUUUUCUUUGUAGCUUUAAAAAUAUUUUUUUACAUAUUUUCUGCCUUGCAUAAGGUUUGGAAAAGCUGGCAACAUCGGAUCAAGCAGACAACAUAACCUGACAUAACUGGACAUAACCAAAAAAAAAGAGAAAUUAUUGAAAGACCUAAUUUUAAUCCAUUUUUAAUCUAAUAUAAUGGCUACAUCUGUGUUUUUCGUAAAUUCAGAUGGCAGCGAGCCUGAUCAAAAAGAAUCCCAGGAUGAUUCGCCCCAAGCUCAAACCGAGGCACAAAUAUCUUUGACCAAGUUUUGGCCUAAAGUGAUGGAAGAGAUACAGAGCAUCAGAAAUGUAAACUCUAUACUGGAUCUGAAACAGCAACUUUUACCUUUAGCAAGGAUAAAGAAAAUUAUGAAACUGGAUGAUGAGGUUAAAAUGAUUAGCGCCGAAGCACCACUAUUGUUUGCCAAGGCAUCGGAAAUAUUUAUAAGGGAGUUAACUUUGAGGGCAUGGAUCCAUACUGAGGACAACAGAAGAAGGACAUUACAGAGGAAUGAUAUUGCAAUGGCGAUCACAAAGUAUGACCAGUUUGAUUUUUUAAUUGAUAUAGUACCAAGGGAAGACAUUAAACCACCUAGAAGGGAAGAUGGAACUAAAACAAACAAUUCAGAUCAAGUACAUUACUAUUUCCAAUUAGCACAACAGCAUCAUGCAAACUUACAACAAAAUAAUUCAUCACCAACAUCUACAACACCUACAACAACUGUUGCUCCCCCUCAGGGUACAAUACAAAUUGUACAACCUCAGGUACAGACAGUGCAAGUAAAUGCUAUAGAGAAUGCUACAAGUUCUUCUGCAACUGACACAACACCUACACCAGUCAUAUUACAGUCAUCUCCUCAAACAAUACCACAAACUGCACCAGGCAAUGUACAAAUUGUUCAACAAAUUGUCUCUCCUACUGGGGAAAUACAGCAAAUACCAGUAAGUUUCACUAAUAUAUUGUGGUCUAACAAAAAGCACUGUUUUGUUACCUAAAAGUUUCACAAUCAAUUUUUAAGCUUUAAAAAUUAUUA